UCUAUACAAGACAUAGAAGUGUUUAUCGGGCUAGAAAAAAAGAUUUCUAGUCAAUUGCACCAAUACUUGAUUAAGAAGGAAGAAAAUUUACAGAAAAUGGAAGCUAUCUUAGCAUCCGUUCGCUAUCAACAAGAGCAUCAGAUCGUAAAAUAUGAAGAUCAACCACGCUAUCCUAUCGCUGCUUACACUUUGCUUAAACGAUUUAUUCACGAUUGGUCUAGUAUUACAAAAUUAAUGACUCAUCAACUUGGUCAAGAUUUUAUUAGGAAUUUAAGAAGAAGAGAAACGAUUUUACCCACAGUAGUAGAUUGGGAUUAUACCAUUAAAUCGAUCUUACGCCUUCAAACUACGUAUAAUUUAACAGCGAAGGAUUUAGCUGACGGUAAAAUACAGGGAACAAAAGAUUUAGGAAUCCAAUUAAAUUGGUUCGAUUGUACCAUGAUUGCUAAUGCUGCUAAUGAAGAGCGAGGCUUUGGCAAUGCUUAUGAUUGGGCUAAGCUGGCACUGAAACUAUCAGAGAAUGCAACUGAUAUGACAAAUGAUGUUAGGAAAGAAAUAAUAAGAUCUUUAUCGACUAAUGCUUUUCAGAUUGGUAGGACCAAGGAAGCGAUAGGUUAUAUCCAGGAACUCUUAAAAUUGGAAGAAGCUACCAAUGUUCUAAAGAAUGGACCUAAUCACUUCCAAGAUUAUGUAAAGAGAUUAGGAAGAGCUGAUUCUACGCGACGUCUUGCAGAAAACACCGAAUUCGGCAACCUAUGUCGUGGAAAUGUUAAAGAGGUCAACUAUAUACUUUGUUCAAUUCUGCUGGCUAAUAAGACUUUAAAAUGCUACUAUUCCAAUCAAUCGCCUCUUUUGUAUCUAGCUCCAAUUCCAGUUGAAGAAAUUUCUCUUGAUCCCUUCAUCGUUAUUUAUUAUGACAUUAUUAACGACCAUCAAAUAGAAACGAUAAAAAAAAUCUCUCCCUCUAAAUCCAAUAAAUCACCUAAUCAUGCCAUGCUAUGUAGCGGAAUUAAAUCUGAAGCAACCCAGGUGAGUAUUUUUUGUUGUAGUACAUGGCUAGAAGACGCUUAUGAUCCAGUAGUAGAAAAAAUAUCCAGGCUAACACAGGAACUAACCCAUUUGGAUGUAAAUUACGCAGAAGAUUUACAGGUCGCAAAUUAUGGCAUUGGUGGACAUUAUGUACCACAUUAUGAUUCGACCAUAAUUGCACCAGAAGAUCCACUUCAAAGAUUAGCUACGAUGAUGUUUUAUCUCAGUAACGUCGAGAUUGGUGGCGCUACUAUAUUUCCACGACUUGGGGUAGCAGUACGGCCUCAAAAAGGGAGCGCAUUAUUCUGGAUAAAUUUGAAACGUAAUGGGUUGACCAAUCGGCAAACUCUUCAUGCAGCUUGUCCGGUAGUUAUAGGAUCGAAAUGGAUCGCGAAUAAAUGGAUUAUUACGAGCGGUCAAGAAUUUCGCUAUCCAUGCAGUCUUCAUUCCGACGAAUAA